AUCUUUGUGCUUCCUGGGCUCGGAGUCCACGCGGGCCGUGGGAGUUCCGCGCCUGCGAACCUAGCGAGGGUUCAGCCAAAGGGGGAUAUGGCCAGACCUCCCACUACCCAUAGUGGAAGAGAGGAAAGAAGCCGUAGGGAUUGCUAAAAUGCAAGGGGAGCCAAACCCUAGUGCUUCCCUUAUUGACAGAACCAUCAAAAUGAGGAAAGAAACAGAAGCUAGAAAAGUGGUUUUAGCCUGGGGACUCCUAAAUGUAUCUAUGGCUGGAAUGAUAUAUACUGAAAUGACUGGGAAACUGAUUAGUUCAUAUUAUAAUGUGACAUACUGGCCCCUCUGGUAUAUAGAGCUUGCCCUUGCAUCUCUCUUCAGCCUAAACGCUUUAUUUGAUUUUUGGAGAUAUUUCAAAUACACUGUGGCACCAACAAGUUUGGUUGUUAGCCCUGGACAGCAAACACUUUUAGGGUUGAAAACAGGUGUGGUACAGACUACUCCUCCACGUGAUCUGGCAGCAACCCAGAUCCCUCCCUCUCCACCUUCUCCUUCAAUUCAGGGUCAGAGUGUGUUAAGUUACAGCCCAUCUCGCUCACCCAGUACCAGCCCCAAGUUCACCACCAGCUGUAUAACUGGAUACAGCCCUCAGCUGCAAGGUCUGUCGUCAGGUGGUAGUGGUUCUUAUAGCCCUGGAGUGACCUACUCACCCAUCAGUGGUUAUAACAAGUUGGCAAGCUAUAGUCCCUCUCCUUCUUCUCCAUACCCUACCACUGUUGGACCAGUGGAGAACAGUGGAUUGAGAUCUCGCUACCGUUCUUCACCCACUGUCUACAACUCCCCUACUGACAAAGAAGACUAUAUGACAGACCUCCGAACCUUGGAUACUUUUCUUAGAAGUGAAGAGGAGAAACAGCAUAGAGUUAAGCUGGGAAGCCCAGAUUCUACUUCGCCUUCCACCAGUCCUACUUUCUGGAACUACAGUCGUUCUGUGGGGGAUUAUGCACAGACUUUAAAGAAGUUUCAGUAUCAGCUUGCAUGUAGGUCUCAGGCCCCAUGUGCUAACAAAGACGAAGCCGAUCUCAGUUCUAAACAAGCUGCAGAGGAGGUGUGGGCAAGAGUGACUAUGAAUCGACAACUUCUUGAUCACAUGGAUUCGUGGACAGCUAAGUUCAGAAAUUGGAUCAAUGAGACAAUAUUAGUGCCACUUGUACAAGAGAUUGAGUCUGUCAGCACACAGAUGAGGCGAAUGGGUUGUCCAGAGCUGCAAAUAGGAGAAGCUAGUAUUACUAGCUUGAAACAGGCUGCUCUGGUCAAAGCUCCACUCAUUCCAACUCUGAAUACAAUCGUGCAGUAUCUAGACCUCACGCCAAAUCAGGAAUACUUGUUUGAAAGGAUCAAAGAACUUUCUCAAGGAGGCUGUAUGAGCUCGUUUCGUUGGAAUAGAGGUGGAGACUUCAAAGGUCGCAAGUGGGAUACAGACCUGCCCACUGAUUCUGCUAUCAUCAUGCACGUAUUUUGCACCUACCUCGAUUCCAGAUUACCUCCACAUCCUAAAUACCCUGAUGGAAAAACAUUUACUUCUCAGCACUUUGUUCAGACACCAAAUAAACCAGAUGUGACAAAUGAGAAUGUUUUUUGCAUUUAUCAGAGUGCUAUCAACCCUCCCCAUUAUGAGCUAAUCUACCAGCGUCAUGUCUACAAUCUUCCAAAGGGCCGAAAUAAUAUGUUUCAUACGUUGUUAAUGUUCCUCUACAUCAUAAAGACCAAAGAGUCAGGAAUGCUUGGUUUUAUUUAGGUGUCCUGUUUUAUACAGGUUCUAGUACUGCACUGUCCAAUACAGCAGCUGCCAGCCACAUGUGGCAUUAAGCAUUUGAAACAUGCCUAGUCCAAAUUGAGAUGGGCUGUCAAUGUAAAAUACAUAGACUGGAAUUUGAAGACCUAGUACCAAAAAAGAAAAAGUAAAAUAUCUCAUUAAUAAUUUUGUAUAUUGAUUACAUGUUGAAAUAAUAUGUUGGAUAUACUGAGUUAAAUGAAAUGUUAUUACAAUUAUUUUCACCUGUUUCUUUUUACUGUUUAACUUUUUAAGGUUAUAUAUUUUAAUGUAAGAAAGAUUAAAUAGGAAACUCUUUUGUCAGGCGUCUAUGGUACCAUGGCUCUUUUUUCUUUAUUUUUUUAAUUACAAAAAUAAUGUAUGCUCAAUAUAGAAAUAUUUAAACAAUGUCACAGUGUAUAAACUAGAAAUUGAAAACGCCCCUCUGAUUAACUCUUUCUCAUUCCCACUCCCUCGAGAUAUCCAGUGUGUUAACAGUUUCAGGUGUAUGUUUUUAGACUACUUUCUGGGGAAAGUUGAUUUUGUUUUUAUUUUUCAUUUUGUUUAAAAAUAUAUUGUACCCAAACGUACUAUUCUGUGACCUACCUUUCAGUCUUAUGGUGUAUCUUAGAUAUUCUUCUGUCAGUAAAUAUAGACUUUUUCCCUAGAUUUUCUAGCAGUAUUUAGAAAUAUAUAGAUAUAUGAAAGAGGGAAUGUGCUAUAAAUAUAUUGUUUUGUAAUUCUUCACUUAACAGUGUUUCUGGAUGGCUGUCUUGAAGUGAGGAAUUAAUUUAGAAGUAUUUUAAAUAAAUAAUGAAUUUUGGGUUUUAAUUGAAAAUUUAUCUUUUCCUCUAAAAAUCUAAAUUGAUACUCAAUACAUAAGUAAUUUGUGAUGAUAGCAUGAAGCUUGUGUUGAGUGCCAUAUAUAGUUUGUCAUAUACGUAAAAAUAUAAAAUCUUUAAAAGGUAUUGGGUUGGCCAAAAAGUUUGUUUGGGUUUUCCAUUAACCUCUUAUGGAAAAGUCUAAACAAACUUUUUGGCCAACCAAGUACUUAGUAGGGCCAGUAAUUUACUCAGAGGCCCAAAAGAAUUUAUAUAAUUUUUCAAGUGGUUAUGUUCUCUGAAUGAGCAACUUACAUGUGGAAAAUGAAAUAUUUUAGACUAAAAGUAAUCCAUGUUUUAUUUAUUUGGGAUUUUUUUUAACCAAGGGAAAAAAUCUUUGAAAUUAUUACUUUUAAAAUAUGGUUGAUUAAUCUUUUUUAAUAUGUUUUGGGACAAUCAAAUGUUAAAAACUUCUCUCCUGUACCUUAAAGGAAAUAAGCAAGUGGCUCAAAUACAGUCCAUUUGGAAUCAUGCCUAUAACACAGCAGAUUGAUACAAAUAGAUUAUCAAUUCAGUGCCCCAUAGUUGUGCGGUUACUGGAAUGAGAUGAAUGUUUUACAUCCAAAAAGGAAAAAAAAAUCUAGACAGAAUGGGCUGCACAGUAAUUUGUGUCCUGUUUAGCAAAAGAUACCAUAAAUAAACUUUAAAACUAAAUAACAAAGUGAGACAAAACAUUAUAAUUGCAACACUUAGAGCAAAGCCAAGUUAAUAUCCAUCAUGUAUAAAGAGCAUAUAUGUUAAUUAGAAAAGAAAAAUAUAGAAAAUGGUCAAAGACACGGGAAAGACGUUUUCAUAGAAGAGUGUGCAAAUGGUUAAUAAACAUGAAAAGAUGCUUAGCCUCAUAUACAAGCAAGCCAAAAUUAAAACAUUUUUUUCUAUCAAAUUUGAGUUCCUCAUUUGCAAUGUUGGUGAGAGUAUGGAAAAAUGGGAAAACACAGUUGAUGAAAUGACCUUUUUUGAAGGGCAUUUUUGGUAACAUACUUCUAAAUUUUUUUAUCAAAAUUAAUAGAUACUCAUAAUUUUAAAAGUCACAUUAUGCUAAAAUUUCAUGACAGAAAUGAGCAGUUCCCAGUAUUCCCCAAGCCCAAGCCCGAAAGCAGCUACUUGAAACUCUUGUAGCUUUUUUUUUGUGAUAUUACUCCCAUAGUUCCAGAUAAUAGAGGUAUGUGGUUCUUCUUGGACGUUGUAGAUUAUUUUGUUAGAUGAGUAAUAUUUCUCUCUUACGGCCCUCUUCUCCUCCCCUCUUACUGUGAAUACAGUUGUAUUAUUCUGUGGAGUAGUUUUUUUCUUUUUAUUAUGCGCAGCAUGGUAUACUUUAAGCUAUAUUAAUACAGUAAAACCUUGGUUUGCAAGCAUAAUUCAUUCUGGAAACAUGCUUGUAAUCCAAAGCACUUGUAUAUCAAAGCGAAUUUCCCUGUAAGAAAUAAUGGAAACUCAGAUGAUUCGUUCCACAACCCAAAAAUAUUCGUAUAAAAAUUAUUACAAUACAGUAAUAUAAUACAAAAUAAUAAAGAAAAUACAAAAUAUAAAGAAAAACAAAUUAACCUGCACUUACCUUUUAAAACCUUCGUGGCUGGUGUGAGGAAGACAAGAGAGAGGAGGGUUGUUGUGUACGACGACUUUCACUAUCACUAAUGGAAUCACUGCUAUCUGUUGGCUCAGUGGAAUCUUUUUCUUUUCGCGCAAGUUUAACAAGGAACCUAUCGAAUGACACUUGCUUCUGCCUCCUUUUGAGGAUUUCACGGAAAUGUAACAUUGCAUUGUCGUUAAACAGAUUCAUUGCUCGCACUGCUACAGCCUUAUUCGGGUGGUGCUUUUCUAUAAAAUUUUGCACUGUUUUCCACGUUUUACACAUCUCCCUAAUCUCAUUUGAAGUGAGGGAUUCCUCCUCCUUUUCCUCCUCCUCUUCUGCAGACGAGAUCUCCUCCAUAACCUCUUGCUGUCGCUCGCGAUGCAGAUCCAUCAUUUCGUAGGUGGUCAGCUCCUUUGGCACAGUUGUGAUCAUGUGACAUUCGGCAUCACGUACUACUCGUAUUGCAAGACAUCGCUUGUAUAUCAAAUUUAAAUUUAUUAGAAAUGUUUGCUCUUCUUGCGGAACACUCACAAAACAAGUUACUCGAAUUCAGGGUUUUACUGUACUACCUAUAUGCAGAUUUACUAAAACGUCCCUAAUUAUUAGAAGACUCCUAAUUAAAAUCAAAUAGGUGAAAUUCUCUAAGAGGCCUAGCAUCUCUAAAUCCUCCAUUUUUAAAAAUUUAAUUGACACUUAAAUCCUACUUGCUAAAAUUGUCCUGUUAACUGUAUCUGUUGUAAUAAUUCUUUUUUUUCCUUUUUAAUUUAUUUAUUUUUUGGGUGCGUUGGGUCUUUGUUGCUGCACGCGAGCUUCCUCUAGCUGCGGCAAGCAGGAGCUACUCUUAAUUGCAGUGCGCGGGCUUCUUAUUGCAGUGGCUUCUUUUGUGGAGCAUGGGCUCUAGGUGCUCGGGCUUCAGUAGUUGUGGCACACAGGCUUAGUUGCUCUGCAGCAUGUGGGAUCUUCCUGAACCAGGGAUCAAACUCGUGUCCCCUGCAUUGGCAGGCAGAUUCUCAACCACUGCGCCACCAGGGAAGUCCUGUUGUAAUAAUUCUUGAGGUCCACUGAAAAAUUAGUUUUCAACACUCCAUAAAUCUAUUUAUUCUAGAUUUGUGUUUUAAGCACAGUUAAGAAAGUAAUUACUGUUACUAGAAUUCACCUGAUAAAUCAUGUGUAACAUCUUAUUGCAGAAAAGCACUAAAUGUCAAUUAAACAUGUAUCCCUUGCAAAGACUUCUGUUUUAGUUAUUUGAAAAAAGACCUUAAAACACACACACACACACACAGAAAAAAUACCUUAAAUGCUUGGCAAUCAAUUCCACUAAAACUUUUUUUUUUCU